AUGGCCACGGAAGGAGGGGCAGUAAGCAUACGAAGGACGGUCUGGCUUGUCCGCCAUGGGGAGCGGGUGGACGACGUGGCAGCCGACUGGGCUCUGACUGCCCCUCGCGCUUUUGACCCGCCACUCACCGAGACCGGCGCCACACAGGCCUUCAAGACAGGCGCGCAGCUGGCGCGGGAAGGCAUCACGCAAGUGUACAGUUCGCCAUUCCUUCGCUGCGUGCAGACGGCACACCAUAUCAUCCAGGGCAUCAGGAGCGCCCGAGACCACACCACCACCGACGAGCCGCGACUGACGAUCAAGGUAGACACGGGCUUCGCUGAGUACAUGUCGACCGCCAACUUCAGCAGCCCGCCCAAGUAUCUCACCGCGCCCGAGCUCCUCGAGCUCCUCCCCGAAGCGCCCAUUGACGUCGACCACGCUUCUCUUGUGACGCCGACGUACCCGGAAAGCGAGAGCGACAUGCGGGCGAGGUGCGGCCUGGCCAUCAAGAGCCUGUUGGCAUGCCGGAGUCCUGGGGACACCAACACAGUCAUCGUGACCCACGGCUCGCCCGUGUCGGCCAUCCUGCAGGCCCUCGCCGUGGUCCAGCUGCGACCGGCCGCGGUGCCCUACAGUUCGCUGACAAAGGUCGUGGAGGAGCGACCGGGCGUGUGGCAGGCCUCAUCACCGCUGGCCGAUACCACCCACUGGCGCGGAGUGUGCUAG